AUGGGUGCAGGCCCAGUGUCAUGUCUCUUGCAGGAGGGAGUGAAGACAGAGAAUGACCACAUCAGUCUGAAAGUGGCCGGGCAAGAUGGCUCCGUGGUCCAGUUCAAGAUUAAGAGACACACCCCACUGAGCAAGCUGAUGAAGGCCUACUGCGAGCGGCAGGGCUUGUCAAUGAGACAGAUUAGAUUCAGGUUUGAUGGGCAGCCAAUUAAUGAAGCAGACACCCCGGCCCAGUUGGAGAUGGAGGAUGAAGAUACCAUUGAUGUGUUCCAGCAGCAAACAGGAGGCUCACGGGCGACUGGCUGCCUCUUGGGAUGUGGUCUGUAGAGGGACCGGCCCACUUUGUCACCGUCCUUGCAUUUGCUGUUGAAUAGUGAACACGUGACCAUGCCAAUCACAAAGGAGUCUGCAGGAACCAAGGACAUCCACAAAAAUUCCUUUCCUCUUUGACAUACUGCGGGUGCAACUCAAAACUGUCUGCAGGGACGAAUCCUUACCUGAACCGGGCCAGCCAGUGUCAUGUUUGUUUAGGAAAAUGAUUUGCAUGGUUUUG